AUGUCCUCGACCGCCGACUCUGGUAAAGUCUAUCACCGCUCAUGCACCGGACCAGCCCUCCAAACCGUCCAACAACACACCCACAACCAAGACAUCACCCUCUACGCAAGCUGUUUCUGCCCAUUUGUACAACGCGUAUGGGCUGCGCUCGAGUACCUUCAGAUUCCUUACAAGUAUUACGAAGUCGAUCCCUAUCAAAAACCCCAAGAACUGCUCAAUGUUUCGCCAAAAGGUCUAGUUCCAGCACUCAUGCUCAAUGCCUUCGAUCCACCUCGUGCGCUCAAUGAGAGUACCGUCAUCCUCGACUUCCUCGAAGAUAUCGCUACAAAAUCUACGCAUCGCAGCCUUCUUCCGCCCUCUUCAGAUCCAUAUGCGAAAGCACUCGUCCGACUCCAAUCAGACCACAUCAACCGAACGCUCGUGCCUGCGUUUUACAGGUACCUCCAAGCUCAAGACCCAGACGCACAAAUUGCAGGAGGAAAGGAGUUUCACGCAGCUAUUCAGUCCUUAGUGGAGCUUUUCGAACGCGCGGAGAGGGAGGUAGGGGGGACGGGGCUUUGGGUUGAAGGUGGCGAUUUGGGUUGGGCGGAUGUUGUUGUCGGACCGUGGGGAAAGUUCGAAGCGUGGUUGGGGAGGCUUUUUGAGGAUCCUGCGUUUAAGAGGACUUGUAGUAGUGAGGAGCUGUAUUUGGACAGUUAUGAGCGUUAUGCUUUCAAUCGUCCGAAUACGAGUCAGGUGGCCAAUGCGAUUAAUAGUGGUAGGGGAUUACCUUGA